CAUGAAUGACAGCGCGUCGCUUCGAGGCAGGGAGACACUUCAUCGCAGGAGCUGCCGGGAGGGGAAACCGCUCACAGUCCGGGCCGAGCAGGUGGAUUUGUGCUUUGGAUCCGACAGCAGGAUGCUCCAGCUUCCAUGUUAGCAGCAAUGAGACCAUGAGGAGGUGACCGGGGCUGUGCGGCGCUGACAGCAGGGGAGCUGACGGUAAAUGAGAGGCCGUCACCAUGCCCCCGGGGAAGUAUGGGACGCAGGAGGAGUGGGACAAGGAGGGGGAACAGGACAUGGAUUUCCUGCUGCCUACCGGGAUCUUCCUCAAAUUCCCUGUGUCACAAAAUGACACCAUCAGAAACAUCAAGAAAAUGGUUUGGAAAAACGCCAGUCGCGAGGCCCUGUUCUGUGCACUGGGUGAUCCCGAUCUGUACGUCUUCACCUGCAUCAACCAGACGGCAGAGCGGGAGGAGCUGGAGGAAGAGUCGAGGCGCAUCAGUGACGUUCGGCCUUUCAUGCGUGUUCUGAGGCUGGUGGCGAGGGAGGGGGACCGGAGCGAGAAGCUCACCAAUGCCCAGAUCAGUCUGCUGAUUGGCAAGGGUCUGCACGAGUUUGAAGCUCAGAAGAACCAUGAGGUGGACGAGUUUCGAACCAAGAUGCGCACGUUUUGCGAAGAGAAGGCCGUGGAGCGGCAAAAUUUACCCUGGCAGCGGUGGAUGGAGUACAGCUUUCCGUGUGAGCUGGAGCCAUCACCGGCAGCCAGCGGGAGCGCAAAGUCGAAGCACAGCAAGAAGCUCUUCAUCAACAUCAAGUUUGAGUCAAGCGAUGAAAGCUUCAUGCUGCAGCAGGACUGCCAGGACCUCCCUGUGGCGCUGAUGAAAAGCGCGCUGAAAAAGAAGGCCACAGUUUUCCGUUCUGUGCGGCAGGAACCUGAGGAUUACACCCUGCAGGUCAAUGGGAGAUGGGAGUUCAUCUACGGGAGCCACCCGCUGUGCCAGUUCAAGUACAUUUUCUCAUUUAUGAGGAACGGUCAAAACCCGCAGCUUACCAUGGUGCACCACUCCACAAUCAGCAAAUACCAGGAGGAUCAAGGCAGAGUGGGCAGUCAGAUAUACAAAACCCGCUCCCUGUCCAGACCUCCCCCUCUGCCCCUGAAGAAGCAGAACACGUCCUCCCUCUGGUCCAUAAAUGAGCCCUUUUACAUCCACCUUCUGCAAGGUAGCAGAGUCAACGCAGAUGAGGGAAUGAAGCUGGUGGUGCAGGCCGGUCUCUUCCACGGCAGUGAGCUCCUCUGUAAGAUGAUGACGAGCACUGAGGUCACGGUGUGCUCAGAGCCCCUGUGGGACCAGAGGCUGGAGUUCGACAUAAACGUGUCUGACCUGCCCCGGAUGAGCCGCCUGUGCUUUGCGCUCUACGCCGUCAUCGAGAAGGCAAAGAAACCCCGGGGCACCAAAAAGAAGAACAAGAAAGCGGACUGUCCCAUUGCCUGGGUGAACACCAUGGUGUUUGACUACAAGGACCAGCUGAAGACCGGGGAGUUCCUCUUAUCCAUGUGGCCAUCUGUACCAGAUGACAAAAGUGACCUGUUGAACCCAAUGGGAACAGUCGAGAAGAACCCCAAUGUAGACAGCGCUGCUGGGCUCCUCAUUCGCUUCCCAAACAUCCGGCCUCACCCGCUCUAUUACCCUCCACUUGACAAGAUUAUCAAUCCAGAAAGGAAUGGCGAAACAGUUUUCCCCCCUAAAGAUGAGUACUUAAGACUAAAAGAAAUUAUGGACAACAAAAAUUACACUGAGUUUUUUGAGGAUGAGAAAGAGCUCAUGUGGAAGCUGCGUGCAGAGGUCCGUGACUAUUUCCCCGAGUGCCUGUCCAAGCUGCUCCUCAUCACGAAGUGGAACAAGCGCGAGGACGUAGUUCAGAUGGUGGGUUUACUGAAAAGCUGGCCUGAACUUCCUGCCAUUCAUGCCUUGGAGCUGUUGGACUACAGCUUUCCGGACCCAGCAGUACGGUCCUUCACCAUCAGAUGCCUCAAGAAGCUAAGCGAUGAUGAGCUGUUACAGUAUUUGAUCCAGCUGGUCCAGGUGCUGAAAUAUGAGUCCUACCUGGACUGUGAUCUCGCCACCUUCCUGCUGGAAAGGGCGCUGUCCAACAGGAGGAUAGGACACUUUCUGUUUUGGCAUCUUAAAUCUGAGAUCCAUGUGGCAUCGGUGAGUUUACGUUUUGGUCUGAUUCUGGAAGCAUACUGCAGGGGAAACAUCCACCACAUCAAGCUUUUAUCCAAACAGAACGAGGCUCUGGGUAAAAUGAAGGCCCUGAGCGACAUCGUCAAGACGGCCCAGAAAAUGACCGUGGACGACUUGAAGCUGUGCAUCAGACAGGAGUCAUACAUGGAGGCGCUGUCUGACCUGCUGUCGCCGCUCAACCCCAGCGUCAUCCUGUUUGCGAUCUGUGCUGAUAAGUGUCGAUUUAUGGACUCGAAGAUGAAGCCUCUCUGGCUAAUGUACAAGAACCCUUUGGAACAAGCAGACAUGGUGGGCAUCAUCUUCAAAAGUGGAGACGAUCUGCGGCAGGACAUGUUAACCCUGCAGAUGAUCCGACUCAUGGAGAAUCUCUGGAAGAAAGAGAAUCUGGAUCUCAGGAUGAUCCCGUACAGCUGCCUGUCCACCGGAAACAAAACGGGACUCAUCGAGAUAGUGAAGAACUCCGACACGAUUGCCAACAUCCAGAGGAACAGCAGCAACAGCGCGGCCACUGCUGCCUUUAACAAGGAUGCCUUGCUGAAUUGGCUGAAAUCCAAGAACCCAGGGGACAAACUUGAUCAGGCAAUAGAGGAAUUCACGCUCUCCUGUGCUGGCUACUGUGUAGCUACUUACGUGCUGGGGAUCGGUGACCGCCACAACGACAACAUCAUGAUCCGGGAAACUGGACAGCUGUUUCACAUUGAUUUCGGACACUUCCUGGGAAACUUCAAGAGGAAACUUGGGAUCAACAGGGAGCGUGUGCCUUUUAUCCUGACCUACGACUUUGUCCAUGUGAUCCAGCAAGGAAAGACGAACAACAGUGAGAAGUUUGAAAGGUUUAGGGAAUAUUGUGAGCAGGCCUACAAGAUCCUGUGUCGAAAUGGGACGCUGUUUGUCAACUUAUUUGCAAUGAUGAAGGCAGCGGGGCUUCCUGAGCUCACCUCCUCCAAAGAUAUCCAGUAUUUAAAGGAUUCCUUGGCUCUGGGUAAAUCCGAGGACGAAGCGCUGAAGAGUUUCAAGGUGAAGUUCAACGAAGCUUUGCGUGAGAGCUGGAAGACGAAAGUCAACUGGAUGAUGCACUCAUUGGCCAAAGAUAACAGACCAUAAAGAGCACU